GUCAAUAUUGUCCUCAGUUCAACAGCCUUUGGACUCUCGUUUAUCUUGAGUCCCUUCUUCGGUGUGUACCCUGGACGAAUCUGAUAGUAACUCAGCCACUUUACAUAACAAGCGGCAUGGAAGGGGCGCCGGCGGUCCGUCAGACUGCGACGGGUCAAAAUGAGGCGAACCGCGUAUGCGUUCGAUGCAAGGAGGCGGAGUCUGUCACCACAAUCAGAUCAGAGCCGCUGUGCAAGGAAUGCUUUAAGAAGUACAUCCAUACCAAAGUCGUCAAGCGGAUGGAGACCUUCAGAGUGCGAAACGUGCCCUCGGAUGGCCAGCGGAGACUGCUCCUUCCUUUGUCUCUAGGUAUCUCAUCGCUGACGCUGCUGCAUGUAUUGCAUCUUCACCUUGCAAGGCAGAAGAAUCGUACAGGUCAAACGGGGUUUGACCUAAUUGUAUUAUGGAUUGAUCUGUCGCACUCGGGCACGCAAUCUCGAGAUCCCCUACUUGACGCGGCGAAGCGCAUGUUCCCUCAACAUACGUUCAUCUCGUCGUCCAUUACCGAUGUUUGGACCUCGGUGUUGUCAAGUUUAUAUUCACAGGACACUCAACUGGGGCAUGACGGCAAUUUGCCAUCGUUGCCCGAGUUUCUCAGCUCGCUCCCAUCUGCAACAUCUCGUGCAGAUGUCUCCGAGCACUUCAAGAAACGCUUAGUCGUAAAUAUUGCAAAGCACAAUAACUGCGAGGCGGUUUUGUGGGGGCAUACAGCCACUCGGCUCGCCGAACAAACUCUCGCCGAGACGGCCAAAGGUCGCGGAUUCUCAUUAUCUGGCCAAAUUUCAGAUGGGGAUUCGGCACUGGGGAUACCUUUUUACUACCCGCUUAGAGAUCUAUUUCGUAAAGAGCUCGUCGCCCACGCGGAGCUCGUAGAGGGUCAGCUCUGUGUCUUUCUUGGUCCGAACGACAAGAAGCAGGCAGUUUCGACGAGAGAUUCAAGCAUCGACGCCCUGAUGACGUCUUAUAUUGAUUCUGUCGAAAGAGGCUACCCUAGUAUUGUGGCCAAUGUGGUGCGCACAGCCGGGGAGAAGUUGACAAAGCGACCGCCACAAUCAAGCAACGUUUGCGCGAUUUGUUUACUCCCAUAUCACGACGACCUUGAGCCGACGGGCCAGUCGAAUGGGAAUACGAGUCAAUUUCAACUCUGUUAUGGAUGUCGCCAGUCAGUGCCGCAGGGCUGUUUGACUGGACUGUUUGAAAAGCCAUCGAUAUCGGACAAACGAUGAAAGUGUUUGUCAUUUCAUUACUGCACAUAAUGCCUGCUUUUGAAACCGGCCGAUCCUUGCGUUUCUUAUCCUUUGCCUCGUCAAUCCUGAUUGCGGUUGAUCUUUCCCGGCCUUUACAACGAGGCCGAUUUUCUCGCGCAUAUCUCAAGUCAUCAAGUC